AUGGCUCUGGACUUAGUCAGUAUCGCCCAACCGCAUUAUAUUCCUGGGUACACGGGUCAUUGUCCCGAGUACAAGUAUCGGAUCGGCGAUACGUAUGGCUCGACAACACACAAGAUCCUUCUCGAUCCGAGCGUGCAGCAUUCAGAGAGGCUGGUGCUAUCCGAUAGAACGGCCGAUGACUUCCAGAUCUACCGUCCAGCACAGAACGAGAUAGACAUCGUGAACGCACGUUUCCGUAAUGGCGAUCCCGUUUACAAGCAUCCCAUGAUACCAGGGUACGAAGGAUUUCUGCCUCGUCUGAAUGCACACUUCGGCCAAAGAUAUACCGUGUCAGCUACGGAAGCACUCUCCGAGUUUCAGAGGUUGCAAUUGAACCAGAGGGCAGCUAGGAACCAACUGGAGAGGGUCGUCAGUCUUCAGGCCGGAAAGGGACAGCCCUGGGAUUUGGUUGACAGAUUCUCUGCUACAGCGGAGUUUAAGUUGCCCUUGGUCGUAGUACGACCGGACUGUGCGGGAAUACUUCGUGAUCUACCAAUGGACGAGCCGAAACUGUCUCCAGCAUCGCACUCCGUCAGUCCUUACUUUAUGGAAAACGAUGAUCCAGACAAAUUCAUAAAGAAAGGGUUUUCGGGUCAUGUGCCGUACGGCUUUCAACGUUUCGGCGAGUCCUCGAAAAAGCUCACUAAUUCGGCUCUCUGCGACUUUUCGUCGAAUUACCGAAGAAGGCAGAGCACUGAGUGGGCUCCUGUAAAUGUGGUCAAACCUGAUCCUCCUUUAUCCAUAAAUCCCACUGAGAUCUACCAUAAGCACGUCGGCAUGCUGCCCAACUACGCAGGUCACGUGCCGGGUUGCGUCUUCAGAUUCGGAAAAACCUACGGAAACGACACGAGAGACGCUAAGCGUUGGCUCCGAGGAGACUUCACAUCGUAGAAGAAA